AUGGCUGCGCGAUCAAUUUUCCAUCCCAGGCUUCUUCCACAGGCUUCUUUUCGCCCGAUUUGGCCGGUUACUGUCUAUAAAAGGCUUUGCUUACGAGCCCCUGCCGGAUUUUAUGCUGUAAGGUGCUCCUCAACGAAGUCUGGCGCCGAAGAGAAGAAGCCUCCGGCGCGGCUGGCAGAGGUCCAGCGGCUUUUGCACGAGGCCGAGGAGCGGUAUAAAGCUGCUGGAGGUGGCGCGGUGCCCAUCCCUCAAAUAAAGCUAGAUGGCCUGGUGGACAUUCUUCAGCUUCUAUAUCCGUGUGCAGAUCAUGUAACUGUAAGCUAUGCUAGGACUGUAAACACCAAGGUUGACAUGCGGUUUAAUGUUAAAAAUGCACGUUGGUUGAGUGAAAGGGUGAGGGAGAAGAUAAUGCAAAUGAACUUUGAGAAAUUAGUGACUGCAGUCUCCUUACAGUGA